UUAGGUAUGAUCCUAAUUGUGAAGUAACUAUAGUUGAGCAAGGUUAUGCGCCAACAGUUAGAAAAGGAGGCUGGAGGUUUGUGCGAUUUAGGGAUGACAAAGGCAUAGCCAACGAUGAGAAUGUGGUGAAAAAGAUUUUAAACAGCAUUAAAGAUGGUGUUACAAAAGAACAGCUACUGUCGUGCAUGGAUAGAGUACGUGCUGCUUGGAAAGCACGAGAAAAAGGGCUUCCUAUGCCUCCUUUGCCUUCCAAACAUACCUUAAAGUCCCCCAGUUCUGAUCAGAGCAAGACAGAUAGCAAUUCCACAUCUACUUUACUAGCUGCCGCGACCAGUUCGAAGAUAAUACCUGAUACAAGACCAAGUUCAAGACAGUCCUCAUCAUAUGACGAUGCAGAUAUCCCUGCACGCUUCACAAAACGCAAAACAUCGGAAGCAUCAUUCUCUAUUAAAAAGGAAAUAAGCGAAGAGAUUGACGGAAAUCUUCCAGAAAGGAAAAAGUUGAAAGGCACUAUAACGAGUAAAGGAGAGCAGCUAAAAGAGUUUGCAGGUGUUGCAGAGAAUGACAGCAUUGCAAAUGAUAUACAAGUAACAAAACAAGUAGAAGAUGAUCAUUCUGCUCAGUUUGAAAGGACUAUAAGCGAUAGCGAAACAGAAUAUCUUAAUGAAUUAAGCCUGAAUAACAUAGACUCAGCAUUACAAGAAACGCAAGCUGAUGUAACAGCUACAGUAGCAAUGGAACGUACAUUAAAAGAAGCUGUUUCAGUUAAGCAUUCGCCUUUGCAAUCUCCAAAUAACGAAUCUAGCACACAAGAAAAACAUAACCUACCUGCUGAUAUACAAAAAAAAGUGGAAAAUAUACCUGAUACAACUGCUCAAACGUCCUCUUUGCUAGAACAUGUUACAGAGCGACGGCCAUCACAUACUAGAAGACUAGCUAGCUCUCUAUCGGCAAAGCAGCAAUUAAAGAACGUGUCUGGAAUGUGUUCGUCUACUUACUCUUCUUUAGUUUCAAAGGAGCAAGAGACGAUACGAUCAUCAGAUUGUUUAAAAGAUCAAGGCGUUGCUUCAAAACGCGUCAGCAGCCCACUUUUCGAAGCCUAUCCUGCUACAAGCCAAAAUAAAUCUGACACGGAAAGAGACCAGAAGUCUAUUAGGGUACAACAAGCAUGUUCAUUUGAAGGUUUACCCGAAAGCAAAAUGACGACGGCAACAGCAACAACAAUUGCAAAUGUCAGCUAUACAUCCACUCCUAAUUCAGAUAUGCAAUACUUCGAACAGGAACAAGGACGAAGUGCAAAUAGUCAUGCUUUUAUUAAAGUGCCACCAAUGUCACAAAACAUCGAAUAUAAACCAAGAUUUUCAUCUCUCUCGAAUAUUCACCACUUACUGUCGUCAUCUGAAGAACUUGGAGAAAAAAACAAGAGAAAUAAUAGCAAGGAUAUAAGCAAUGCGAAUGAUGAGUAUAAAUCUGAUGCUUUUGUACAUCCAAAGAAGGCAGAGAUGAAAGCAAGGCCACAAUUACAUCAUAUUACGCAACAAUCAUCGUCUUCAGUUCCGAUCGAGCAUGAGCAAGUAGAUAGAACAGAUCAUCAAUAUCAACAACAGCAUUUAUCGUACUUACAAAAGCAUACACAAAAAGCAUUUUAUACGCCUGUCCAAUUUAUAAACUUCCAUGCAGAAAGAAGAACUCAGCAGGGGCUAAACCCAAGGAAAGAUCAAUUUUUGAUAUUUCAGAGUGAAAAUAAUGUGCAACCGCUUUCUACACAACCAAAGCAAAGAUCUUACAGCAAUAUAUGGAAAACAAACAACAAUGUGAGUAACUCUAGGUCUGACUAUCAGCCCUACCCCCAUGAGCCAAAGAGCCCUCAACAGUCAAAAGGCGACAAUGAUCCAGCAAAUCGCGAUUAUUAUAGGUAUGGACAACAGGUUGCUCAUACAACAUCACAACGAGAAAAACCAAAAUCUAGCAAUAUAAAAUCAAAGCUAGACUUCAUUUUGAAUUAAAGCUUGUAAACUAAAUAAAGACACACAUUGGUAAAAGUAAAGGUCAACGAUACAAGCUCUGAAAUAUCUUGGUUAAUCCAAUAAUUUUGCAAAAUUUAGUGAAGACUUGCGUGAUUAUAUCGGACCCCUUUAUACCUUGGCCAUCAAGAGCCUUAAACAAUCCCAAAUUUUAUUAAGUCUUUGCUGUUGCUCUCUAAUAAAAAUUAAUAUAUAGAGCUCAACAUGAGGAAACCUCUAAUUAUUGAGCACAAUCAAAUGUUAGC